UACAUCUCCUACUCACGUGGUGACUUGAUAUCCAACCAGCAAGGGCCUUUAAUCUUCCUGCUGAGGAGAAAGUGCUCCAGACUGGAUGUGUUGGUUCCAAAAAUGUGGGAAAAGGUCGCCCCCUUGAGGUCAGAAGGCAGCGAGGGGAACUCAGCCUGCGAAACAAUAUUUCCCAAAGGAUUAAAGGUUAUCUAAACAUAAAGAGCUGGAUAAAGCGUGGACAAUGAGGGAAUAGCAUAUAUACAAGUCUGCUCACAGAAUAUCUGACUUCCAGGUACUCGCACUGAGUGGGCACGUCAGGAAUUUCAAACGCAUAGUUCUUCUCCACUUUCUGUAGGACAAGAAAAAGAAAUCAAACACAAGCUAAAAACAUGACUACAUUCACACUUUACAGUCCAUAAUCAGACCUUGGACUUGAACUUCAUGAUCUUAAACUUCUCAGAGAGCUCGUUGAACUCUUGGUACACAUCCAUCAUCCCUACUGGAGUGUUGGACACCUCCCCGGUCCUGGGGUUUGUCUUCUGUUAAAUACAAUACAAACGCUAAUUAGACUUUUAAUCAGCAGAUAUUUCUGUAUAAAACUUACAUCUCACUUUUUAGAUUCCAACAAAUAUAGUUCCAUAUAUUCAAUUGCUAAUAUUGUGUAGUGGAAAACAAAUAAAAAUACUACUUAACUCAAUCAUAGUUAAACAACACAAUCACAUAGCUUUCUACUUUCACAGGUAAUAAACUUUUCCACAGAUAAAACUUACAUAUUCGCGAGGUAGGAGGUACAUGGUCCGCUCAAUGUUCUUGAUGCUGACACAGCAGCUGACAUGAGACUUUGCAGACUCAAUCCACACUUUUCCAAACAGGUACACCACACCUUUAAUUUAAAUUCACAUAUCAGGGUGAGCUCUACAAACCUGCCCAUGAUUUUUUUAAAAAACAGUAAACAUAACCGCAUUGUAUUUUAUCCUCACAGUGGGUGAAAAUGGGACCCACCUGGUUGGUUGUAUGGGUCUUCGAAAGCAUCCAACCAAUAAAAGCGGAACACCUGCUCCCCGUCUGGGCCCUCCACCAGAGGAAGUUGGCCGGAAUCGACCUGCACCUCGGCCGGAGCGUCGUUACCUCCGCCCUCCUCCUCUUGUCCCCAAGAGCUUCCAAUUCUGCUGGACCUUGACAAGGAACACAGCAAAGAAACUGCUAAAAACCCAUCUGCUCAUAUGUGAACUAUUCCAGUUUAAGAACAUAAUUAGUUCUGUGGGUCGUGCUAACUGCACCUGCAAUCAUCAAAGUGACUGCACAACGCAGUCAAUAUAUAAGCAGGCAACACAAGACUCCCACAUUUUUAAAAGCAAGUGUGAAGAACUUUAAAUGCUGCUUACUUGCUGGGGAAUUCAUUUUUGACUUCCUGCAAGUUAACAACACAACAAGACGGCUUAGAUUUUUAUUUUUAAUCUGGAGUUACUCAAAGCUACAAUCAUUUGAGACCUUAAUGAGUCCAGCAAUGUUUUGUGGGGGAUUGACUGCAGGUGUGACACAGAAGUGUGACAUGUUUUGUCUUCUUCUUUAAUGUAUGGAGCCCUGCUGUUUGCCCAGAUACAUUUGUGAACCAUUGAAGUGAACUGAAUUGCAGUCAUUUUCAUAAUAGCCCAAUGCAAUAAUCAGCCAUCGCAUUUAGCUUUUCGAAUUUCUUUAGAAACACCGGCAGGUAAAACACGGGAGGAACAGAUGCCACAGGAGUAAACACCUGUUUAAAUGGCAUUUAAAUUGACUCACAUAAGCAUCGGGUUAAUUUUGCUAUAUGCAUUUUAGAUUUUCCUUGUCCUUGCUUCGUUUCCUCGGGACUGGAAGACAGCAAUUUUAGCACAACCCAUAGAACUAAACUAUGGGAAAUAAAACGAGGCUGGACUAAAGGCAUGAAAAACUCACAUGAGGACUGGAUCCUGAGGUUCAGCUUUGGCCUCAACUUUGACUGCAGUCACUGCUGCUACUUCAGGUUUAGACUCCGCAUCAUCUUUCACUACAGGUGCCUCCUCCUCAAGGCCAACCUCCAUCGGUUCAUCAAAGUCCAUCUCAUCAAAUGCCAUGGCAUCAUUCACUGAGGAACAUGUUAAAAUGUGAAGAGAAGCAGAUGUGGACGAAGGAGGGCGGACUGAUGACCUGGGGGCAGAGUGUGAUGGUGGCGUUCGAAUCACUUUUGCCUUUACCCCAGCAGCUGAGGGGGAGUCCUGCUAUCAAAGGGAUGAUGAUUCGUUAUAAUUUCAGAGUCACCACAGGUGGCGGAGUCAGAAGAGCUGGUUUCUGGAAAGACGGAGCAUAUUUUAAAGCCACAUUAACAAAGGCUAAGACACCAAAAAUUUCUCGUCCAUCCUCCACGUAUCCUGUUCCAUCUGGCAAAAAAAGAAAAAGAGAAGAGCCUUUUUGAGCUGUUCCAGUGCGGACUUCCUCCCCACCUUCUCCCGUUUCUCCCGUCUGGAGCGAGUCUUCGCCAAACCACAGGCUUCACUUCCAUCGUCUGAGGAGAAGGUCAAGACAACGCAGUAUAAGGAAGGACAGUUUGACUCGUUUCUUCAAACAUAUUAUACACACAUGCCAGAUCGACCUGACCCCUGUGUUUCUUUUACCAUUCAAUUUAAACGUCUGCAGACUUACUGGUGGCCAUUAUAUAGAUUUUUGUCGUUCUCGAAGCGCCACAGAAGGUUUUAGUGGCAAGUUAACAGACCUUCACAUCAGCGCUCUUCUGGUAGCUACCUUCAGGUCCUCCUGAUUGAACCUUAAUAAUACUCCCUUUACAGUGGAAAACGCUGGCAAGCAGACAACGGUGGGCACUUUGGGUGUUAAUGACCGAAGCCUGCUAGCAGGCUUAUUAACAUAAUCUGAACUAGCUAACGUGUCAGCUAGCUUCUUCGCUUUCCCACCGCAAUGUCGCCAAAAGUCAACAAAAUCAGAGGUGCGAGGCCCAAAACUCACCGCCGUCCGGAGCGUCCAUGUCUUUCUCAGGGUUUGACACUGGAGCCAUGGGGAGAAGUGGGGGUUUUGUCGUAUUAAUUCGUACGGUUAUGGCAGGUCAACACAACAACAGAACAGCGCGCGCCAAAUCGUCUUCCCGGGGAAAGUCAUAUGUCGGAAGUGACGACAGAGCAACCAACCAAUAAACUGGCACGCUAUCUCACAUCUGUCCGCAAGGUGGCAGUGUUGUACAAUCCCUAUGGGCUGCACCCUAUCUUCUCCCCUUUUUACCUGAUUACAUUUAUCUGGCAGGUAAAUAUGUGUGUGAUUACUGAGGUCUGGCGCGAUGUGGCAAAUAGAGCAUGCGCUGAAAAUAUAUUCACAAUUUCGACCGUUUUCAGAAUUUACACAGAAACCAAGUUUAUGUAACUUAAAGAAGUUUAAAAUGCAAAUCAGAGAAAGUUUCUGAGCAAAAUUUUGUCAAAAGUGGUCUCAAAAAGUCAAUUUAUGUGAUAUUAGCAUAAAUAUUGUAUGAGGUUCAAACGAGUUUGUAGUGACUUUUUAUUUCUUUUUAUUUAAUAAAAUUGCAUCGCAAUUUGACUAAAAGAAACAAAACAAGAACAAUAUACAUUUACAAAACAAAAAACAUUUAAACCAUUCUAUAAAUCCGGGGGGGUUUUAGUACUGGGGCCAUUAUUUUGCCCUGUUUUUCAAAGCCUGGCUACCCCAGUGAAUCUGGUUUCCACAGCAACCAAACCGGUCCAUGGAGAGGACAAUAGUUUCCUGUCCCAGAUUGGGGCCACAGAGACACAGUGCGUCCAAUAAUGAGAACACAAAGCGUGUUUUGUCCUUCAUUCACACAGCUUAUUUUGGCUUUCUAUACAUUAAAAGACAGUGAUUACUCCGCCAAGUUCCGGAGGACUGCACAGUACACUCCAGGUUAUAGAAACGCUCAUUGUAGUAUUCAUCUUAUUUUUGUCUUUACAACAUUAGGCUUUUUCCACUUGUUCUCAUUAGGGUAAGAAGUUGCAGAUUGCAUGAAUUAGGCCGUCUGCUGAGGUACAAAUCUGAGGAAGUCUACUGUAAGCUCUGCUAUAUCGACUAUGGCCCACAGUUGUCGCUGCUCAUCAGCGCUGAGCAGCUGAUGCGUCCUUUGGUCAGAGUAGACAAACAGCUUGCUGUUGCUCUGCUGCACUUUUGCCGCUGCGCAGCUCGCUCACUUUAUAAAGAGCAAAGCAGAGAAAAAGUGAGCCUGAUUGUGAUAUUUUGUUUGUUCCGCCAUGGUGAAGCAACGACGCGUCAGAGCGCAUUCCUCUUGCGCACCUGUGGCGCCUUUUUGUCGCAGAAGAGGAUAUCUAAAGACUCUCACGGAGCCUGCCAUCUUUGCCAAUGAGACCAGCUGUGACUGUCGCGCGCCUCAUGAGAAGCUCACCAUUGCUCAGGCCUGCAAAGGCACCCCAGUGGACCGGCCAGUCAGAGUCUACGCAGAUGGCAUCUUUGACCUAUUCCACUCUGGACACGCUCGUGCUCUCAUGCAGGCCAAGAAUCUCUUUCCAAACACCUACCUCAUAGUAGGAGUGUGCAGUGAUGAACUGACCCACAAGUACAAGGGCUUCACGGUGAUGACGGAGCACGAACGUUACGAGGCGCUGAGACACUGCCGCUAUGUCGAUGAGGUCUUGAGAGAUGCACCCUGGACUCUCACGCCUGAGUUCCUUGAGAAACACAAGAUCGAUUUUGUGGCUCAUGAUGAUAUUCCAUACUCCUCAGCAGGAAGUGAGGACGUUUACAAACACAUCAAGGAGGCAGGGAUGUUUGUACCCACGCAACGCACAGAAGGAAUCUCCACCUCUGACCUGAUUACGAGAAUUGUCAGAGACUAUGACGUCUACGCCCGACGCAACCUUCAACGUGGCUACACGGCCAAGGAGCUUAAUGUCAGCUACAUCAAUGAGAAGAAGUACCGGCUACAGAACCAAGUGGAUCGGAUGAAGGAGAAAGUUCGCACAGUCGAGGAAAAGAGCAAGCAUUUUGUUUACCGCGUGGAGGAGAAGAGUCACGACCUCAUUCAGAAAUGGGAAGAAAAAUCCAGAGAAUUCAUCGGAAACUUCCUAGAAUUAUUUGGACCUGAUGGGACAUGGAAACAAGUGUUUCAGGAGCGCAGUGGUCGAAUGCUCUCCUACGCUCUGUCUCCCAGAGAGUCGCCCAGCAAUAGCCCUCCCCGCGAACUUUCCCCCCUGCGCUCACCCUCUCCCCCGUCUCCCCCCGCCCGCUGGCACAACGCGCGGCCCUCGCCCCCCACCUCCCCAAAAGGAGCGUCUGCCUCUAUAAGCAGCAUGAGCGAAGGGGAUGAAGACGAGAAGUAGACGGUCACACCAACCCGCGCACGCGCACACUCACACACGAGCACACCUCACUCACAAACACAUGCACACACUCCUCCAAACACUGGCUGACAAACUGAAAAACAGUUACCCUCAAGGAUGUUGCAAAUAUGCAAUGCAGACGGUGAUCAUGGGGAAUCUGAGCUGCAGAGCUAAGAAGCCAUCACUGUCUCUGUUGUUUCUGGGCAACCAAGCAGACAGGAGGAAGAGGAAGGAAGAAGAUGAGGACACAGUGUCAGAUUUUGUAAGGACAAAAAUCCCGUGCAGCAUCUUUGACUGUCCAGCACUGAUAGAGACUGUCAAACAGCUUGCUUAUUAUAUCAUAAGUUUGGGUUUUUUGUCUUAUUAUGUGAGAUUAUCAUUUUCUCUUCAAGAUGCCUAGUUUUCUUGUAACCGGUGUGAUAGCUAUGCGUGAGUAGGCACAGACUUACAGGAACACCUCGUCUUACAUUCAGUUCUACAUAUCGUCUACACCGAAACUGGUUUCAUUCAUUUUGUGUAAUUUUGUGCUAGUUAAACAGAAUUUAAACGACAGACCCCUGCGAACCCUAGAGUAGCUGAGGCGAUGCUUGGAUAACGCACGGCCUUUGCUGUUUCAGACCGUGUUCACAAAAACGAUCACAUUGAAAUUCACUAAUCACAAGUUACUUCUAAGAUAUACAUAUGAAAUUCUCUGCAGGAGCCCAGAAGAAGAACGUAUAUUGUCAAGUUUCUGAAAUGCAGAUGAUAUGUGCAAAAAAUCCUAAGCAAAACCCAUCAAGAUACAGAAAAAAAGACAAACACAACUUUUAAAGCUCACAUUUUUGGUUUUUUUUUUGAUGAUUGCAAAAGAGACACAAAAUCCAAUCCUUGAGGCUUCAUGCACCAAAUAGUUUGAUGAAAUAGAAAAAAUAGAGCCUUUGUUUAUUAACCUCUUGAAUGUAAAUUGCAUCUUUUAGACUCCACAAAGAGGUAAUGUUAUCACUCUCACAUCUAGCCAUAUGAAAGGUUGCGUCUCACCUGUUAAAGGAAGCACUUGUGGAUUUUCACCAUUAAAAAAAAAAGCCAUGUCAUUUUUUAA